UUUCACACACACUCUAUCUUUCGCAAUGCCGUCGGCGGACACAGACACUAAGCCUAGUUGGGCCGAUCAAGUGGAAGAAGAAGUUCCUGGAGAAGACGAUACAUUGCCGCCUUCAACUGAAGAAAUUAACGGAGAUACAAAGAUUGUUACAGAUUAUAAACUCAAUGAAGAUGGAAAGAAAGUUAAGUGUGUAAGAACAUUUAAAAUUGAAAAGUUAAAAGCUUCAAGGACAGUCGCAGCCAGAAAGAAUUGGCCUAAAUUUGGUCAGUCUCAGAAUGACAAACCUGGUCCAAAUCCAGCCACGACUGCAAUAGCUGAAGAUGUAUUUAUGGCCUUCAGCACAACUAAAGAAGAAACGUUGAACCAAACUGAAGAAGAUCCAUUAAAAAAACUUGGCCAGCAAAGGAUAGUGCAGUGUCGUGUCUGCAAAGGUGACCAUUGGACUACCAAAUGUCCUUAUAAGGAUACCUUAGAACCGCUACAAAAGGAAGAGGAAGACAAAACUAAAGCUGCCAAGCCAGAACCACCCAAACCAGAUGGAAAGACUGGUAAAUAUGUGCCACCUAGUAUGAGAGAUGGUGCUGGGAGAGGACGUGGAGAAUCUAUGCAGCCACGUAGAGAUGAGGGCGCUACAAUCCGUGUUACCAACCUUUCUGAAGAUACUCGUGAAUCUGAUUUACAAGAAUUAUUCAGACCAUUUGGUACAAUAUCCAGAAUAUACUUGGCUAAAGAUAAAGUCACUGGUCAAUCAAAGGGUUUUGCUUUCAUUAAUUUCCAUCGGCGUGAAGAUGCUGCUCGGGCGAUCCAGGGAGUAUCAGGAUUUGGUUAUGAUCAUCUUAUAUUGAAUGUUGAAUGGGCAAAACCCUCUGGAACGUAGAUUACCUACCGUAAUGCUGAACAUAAUUGUUAUUUUAGUUUAUCGUUAUGUUGUAUCACUUGUAAGUUUAAAGACAAUAAAUAUAUUGAUACAAUUAAAUGUUGUAAA